AUGGAAGGCAUCGGGAGAGCCUAUCACAGCCGAUCAUGCCCCUAUUUCGCAGCAACUAAAAGGCGUAAAGAGGCCAAAGGAUGGCCUGGUCCAGUUUUCGCUAAUCAGAUGGGAUUAGGCUGGACCAAGUUGAACGCCGUUAGAGCUUGCACCAGAUGCCGAGUUCGCCAUGUGAAGUGCAGCUUAAUACACACCGGCGGUCCCUGCACUCAUUGCCGAAAACGUAAGGAGACAUGCGAAGUACUUGGAUGGAAGCUGGAGCCUCAUGAGGCCAGCAAGACUAUCUACAAAUAUGUGCUGCCACCCCCUCAAAGGCCUCUACAGACACCUCAGCAGUCUCCGCCCCAAGAUCACCACAAUCACACACUGGAUCCGGUAGAAUUAUCUCAGAGAUUGGAACAACUCAGCCCUAGAAGGCUAGCCUUACUUUGGCCAUGGGGGCCGGAUGAUCACGAGCCUUUUUAUCCAAUAGGGCCCCAAUUCGGCGAGGACUACCACGAAGAAUGCUGGGCUUAUUGUCCCCAACGCCAAUUGAAUGAAUUAGGAUUCCGUGACUCAUCAGGGAACGAUUCUUUCUCACAUUCUUAUUCAUUUGAAUUUGAAUGCCAAUCUGUUCCAAGCACAUCUAGUCAACUGCAACUAAACGAAGAAUACGAUGGCCAGAACAGCCCUGGUCAGCAAUUCGUAGGAAAUUCCUGGUUCACCAAUCCCAGCCAUCAUACCCCUAUCGAUCAACCUCAGCACAAAUUUUCAUCAAUCAUUCAAAAUCCACACCGAAUGAGUCUAAGCUUCAUACUAAACUCCAAUGAAUCCCGAUAG